AAUUCGCUUUAAUCAAUCCUCCUCGUCUGCUUUGUGAUUCCCGUUUUAUUCAUAUUUGAAGGUAAUUCUAAAUAAAAACCAUUAAAAAUGUUAUUUAUAAUGACGUGACGGCCUCAAACAUUGCAGUGUUACACCAUAGCGAACGUUUACUAAGGUAAUAAUAGUCAAUUUGAUAGGUGUUCUAAGUUUCUUUGUUGCUAAUAUUAUACGUGAUUGUAACGUCCUUUUUUCUUCUUGUCUAGCAUUCCAAGUUUCGUAUACAAAUUGGACCGAUUGAUAUAUUUACUGGAACCUGAAUUAUUGAAAAUGGCGUUUUCUUUUCGUCGUAUGUGGUCGAACAUUAAUUAUUUUAAGAAAUCUGAAGACGAUGCGCCUAUUGAUCCUGAUGAGGAACAUAAAAAAACGUAUGUACCAUCUCGUGAUUCUAAAAAUAUUGACUUCGAACGCACGGAGCCUGAUUCCACAUCCAAACAGUGUGCAACCAGUUUAAAAUUACCAGAUUCCGUAAAGAACUUUGCUGCAAAAAAAUGUUCUCUAUCUGACACAGAUGCUCUAUCGAUUAAUAUUGAUAUGCCAACGAAAAAAGAGAAGAGAAAGAGCAAGAAGCUAAAGUUAGAUAUAAAAAAGUGUAACACUUCUGUUAGUGAUGUAGAUAACAGUUCGAACAACGUAGAAAAUACACCGAAACAUAUUUUGUUGGAUAGCGAAAACACAGACUUGUUCAGUCACCAUUUUAAAGGCAUUGAUUUAAAUAACUCGUUUGAUAUAUUCGAUGUGAUAUCUGAUUCAUCAUCUAUUUGUGAGGAAGAGGAAUUAGAUAUUGAGUCUCUAUCUGAUAAAUCAGAGACAGAUAUUUCUUUAGAGUCGGAUAAUAAGGAAGAGAUAAAAAUGUGUAGAAAAGUAGAAGUAUUCAGUGACAUGCCCGAUAAUCAAAUUGUGCGGUCAACUACACCGGAGUCAUUUGGUGAUGUAGAAGUGGAUCGAAAUGAGGAGGAAAGGAUCUCCUUGCUGUGGAGCUACCAAAUGAAAUUGGAGAAGCUAGAUUGUCUUCUGAAAAAGCUGUUAACCGAAUUCAAAUUUCAUAUAGAAGUUUCCAAAGUUUUUAAUUGUCGAUCGGUCGUAACUCCCUUACCUGGGACAAAUGUUUCGAAAAUUCCAAAAAUGUUGGGUGAAGUAAUGUUAAUGGAUGAUGUAAGCCGUGGUGUUAGUCCUGCUGGUUCAUGGAAUAUUAUUAUGGAACAAGAAGAUGAUAAAAGUAAAAUUAAGCUAAGAAGCCAAUUGCAGUCUAUGAAGCAUUAUAUAGACAACUUCACCAACAUGUACUUACAAAGAAAUCAAUUAACCAAACACAAGCAGCAAGCCAGUGGUAGCAGCAGCACCACAUUGGAUCUGUACAAAGGCAAACGUGAGAAACGUCUCCGAAUCAGUAAUAAAAAGAAAUAUAAGCAUUUUGACUUCCCAGAUUUACGCGAUGCAAUGAUUAACUUAUUCAAUUUGGAUUCUGAAGAUUCUAAUGCAGAUUAUACAAAAUCAAUUGACUAUGAUGAAGCAGACACCUCUAAAUGUGAUUGCAGAUGUAGACUACAUAGAUCACCAUCUAUACAAACUGAUUCAGGUCUUACUACCAAAAAUGAUGGAUCAAUGUCGAGCCAAUCAAUAACGUCAUCAAUUGGCAAUUUCAGUCUUGAUUCAUCAACAUUGUCAGCUUACUCUGAGUCUCUAGACCUGAUAGUGAGCUACAAUAGCUUCCAUGACACCAGUUUGUACAGUACAUUGCUACAAAAGGCAGCAAUCGAAAGAAUAACAUUCUAUGUACAAGUUCACAGCAUUCAACUCAAAUGUGAGCAAUCCGAACAAGAAUUUGAAUCGAAAAACGUGAUCACAUUUUUCUGCCCUGCCUGUAAUACUAUUGAGAGUGAAGAAAACGGUCUCCUAAAACAUAUUCUCAGCCAGGCUCAUUGCGAAAAGAUUCAUUUCUUAUAUAAAACUGCUUAUAUCAAAAAGUGUGUUUCUACAGGAAAAGAAAUUAUGCCUAGUACCGUUUUAAAUCCAAUGAAAAUGUACAGAGAUGAUAAUAAAAUUGUGUGUUUUGGCGAUGCAAUGUAUGCGUGUUCUUUGUGUUUUGAGAAUUUGAUUGUCGGUGAAUCGGUGUUGAUGGCACACUGUGCAGAGCCAGAACAUGUUGAAAGGAAAGAAAAAUUGAAUGAAUUGUUAGACUAA